AUGUGCAGAACAGUUCUUCUCGCGUUGGCGUGCCUUCUGCUCCCUGGUGCCAGCGCGGCGCGCCUGCUGGGCGCCGUCGGGUCGGCCUUGUCCCAUGUCGAGGUGGCUGCGAGCCGCGGCCUCAAGCAGGUCACCGACAGCUUUGUCACGCAGGGCGGCAACCCGUACAGGAACCCGGUGCAGAUCUACGCCCACGCCCGCGAGGCCGAGGCCUGGUCCCAUGCGCGCUCCAUGGGGAUCUACGAGAACCAGGGCGCCACCGUGGUCACGGCAGGCGACACGUACCCCAGCGGCCGCAGCCAGGCGGUCUCCCAGAACGGCCAGGACAACUCUCGGCGCAGCUUCGCCCUGUCCGACGGCGGGUACGCCCCCCAAAACCAGAUCACGCUCUUCGGCCCCACCGCCAUCGCCACCACACAGCAGGGCUACAGGGCCAUGUCUGCGGUCAACGGGAUGCCGAUGCUCCGCAGCACCACGCCCAGCAGCGACUACUCCACCUCCUCAGCUUCCUCCACCUUCCGCUGGCGCCCGAUCGAGGCCCGGCAGGGCUUCGGCAGGGAGCGGCUCGUUUUCUUGGACAGCCUGGGGUUCACAGAGCAGGGCCCGCUUUCCAAUGGAAUCUCUGAGACGGGCGGCGGCCCCACUGCGGUUGCGCAGGCCGGCGAGGCGGUCGCCAUGUCCCAGGCCGACACCCCAGAGAACGAGCGCUACGGGCGCCGCCGCCUGCGCGCGUGA